AUGUCGACCGUUCAGCAGCUCCAGCUCCCCCAACGAGGCGAACGGCUGACCGUCGUCUCGGUUGAGCGCCCCACCCCGAGCCCGGACGAGGUCUGCAUCCGCGCCAAGGCGGUGGCCUUGAACCCGCUCGACUGGAAGAACCGGGCGUUUGGCAUCGUGGUGCCGGCAUGGCCCGCGGUGCUCGGCGUUGACGGUGCUGGCAUCGUCGAGGCCGUCGGCGAUGCUGUCAAGGACUUCAAGGUUGGCGACGAGGUUUUGAGCCUUUGCGGUAUGGCCGCACGUGCUGGCGCCUUCCAGGAGAUCAUCACCGUGCCCGUGAAUCUGGUGGCCAAGAAGCCUGCCUCUCUGUCGUUCGAAGAGGCUGCAUCGCUUCCCAUCUGCUACCUCACCGCCGCGGCCAGCGUCAGUGGGCUAGGCGUCCCCUUGACGCACCUCGACCCCACCGGCAGCAGCUCCCUCAAGUCGAUCCUCGUCGUGGGCGGCAGCUCUGGCGUCGGCGCAGGCGCCAUCCAGCUCCUCCGCAUGGCCCUACCCUCGGCCACCAUCCUCACCACCAGCUCGCCCCAGCACCACGAGCGCCUGCUCGCCCUGGGCGCCACCCAAUGCUUCGACCGGUCCGCCCAGGAGGACACGUCGGCCAUCCGGGCUGCCACGCCCGACGGCGCCGGCGUCGACGCCAUCCUUGACGCGGUCGCGGCCACAGCGACGGAGCCGUCCAUCUUCUCGGCGCUCAACCCGGCCGGGCCCAAGCUCGUCUCGCACCCCGUCACCGGCCAGGACCCGCAGGCGCCCGAGGGCGUGCAGAUCAGGCCCGUCAUGGGCCGCCAGGUCUUUGCUUCCAAGGGCGGCCACGCCGCCAUGUCGGCCCUGACAGGCCUGGUUGAGAGCGGCAAGUACAAGCUGCCGACCAAGAUCGAGGUGGUCGGCAAGGGCCUCGAUGCUAUCUCGCCCGGCCUGGACCGGCUUAUGAAGGGCGUCAGCGGCACCAAACUUGUGGUCAGUUUGUAA